CAGCGGAAGUAUCCCGAUUUAACUCGAAAGUUUGUGAAAGAAACUUUGGUGCAGGAGACGGGCGUGCAUUCCUCUUCACGUGCGCGUUUCAGAGUUUUCCACAUUAAAAAAAGAGCCGCUCCGCGCGCGAGCCUCUGCUCCCGGAGUUUCCCGGGUUUUUUUGCGGGGUUUUGGUUCCUUUUCUGCGCCGCGCGCGCGCCGGUCUCAUCGGGACGGAGGCGCGAUGGAGCCGCGCCGUUAGGAGCUGAGAGCUGCUCCAUCCCGCCCGGAGGCCAUGGGCUGCGGCUUGCGGAAACUCGAGGACCCGGAGGACAGCAGUCCCGGGAAGAUCUACUCCAGCCUGAGGAGGCCGCUGGUGGAGACCAGGACGGAGAGCGCCUACGACUACGUCCUGCUGGACUUCAGCCUGGAAGGAAGUCGUCCGACCGUCCAGUUGUUGUCCUCGCUGUUGGAGCUCCCCCAGGCGCUGCAGCCCUACUACACCCAGGGCUUUGUGCUGGCUGCCCUUCACCCCAUCAUCCUGUCUGUGGGCCGGACGCGCUCGCUGCCCUUCAGCUUGCUCUACCGCACCAUCCUGGUCCGCCCCAGAACCAGUAGAAAGGCGGCGCCCGUGUGUCACAGCGUGCCAACACUGCGGGUGGAGGAGUGGCCUCUUCCUGGAGACUCGUUGACGGGGGACACCGUGCGAGCGCUCAUCGACAGGGUCAACAGCAGUGCUCGCGGCGGCGUUCGGUUUGUCGGCUCCAUCCUCCAGCAGGUCAGCGGGAUCAACAGCCAGGCGACCGGCUCACCCCCACAGACCCCGCCCUCAGACAGAGAGCUGGAGAACACCUUCAGUCCAGACCUGAAGCUGCUGGUCUUCUUCCACUCAUGGGAUCCAGGUUGUGCUUCUCUGGACUCUGUGUGCUGUCAAUACCACCAGGGGGCGCUUUCCAUGCGAGUCUCCAAGAAGGGCCCCGUGGUCAGCGCCCUCGAGGCCGACUGGCUGGAGCUGACAGCCACGUACUACCGCAGAGGCUGGUCCCUGGUGGACUCCUUCGUGUACUGGGACACGCUGAAAGGUGAGCCGGUUCCGCGGUCUCUGGAGGGUCUGUUUGUGUACGAGGAGAGGAGCGCGUCUCCCUCUGCCAACGACACCAUCGUGGUGGAGCAGUGGACUGUCAUUGAGGGCUGCAGUGUAAAGACAGAUUAUGGCCCCCUCCUGCACACUCUGGCCGAGUUUGGCUGGCUGCUCACCUGUGUGCUGCCCACGCCCAUCAUCCGCCAUGACAGUGACGGGAAUCUGGCCACCAAGCAGGUUGUGUUUCUGCAGCGACCCACCAGAAACCCAGCAGCUGCUCUCACCAGGAAAGAGGACGUGUGCAGUGGUGUGGCGAGCUCCGUGGCUGCAGGCUCCUCCCCCACAGGCAGCCUGUCAUCUGCUGCAGGAGGCAGUGGGGGCUUCCCAGUGUUUGGAGGGGGCUAUCCCAGCUCCAUGCCCCAGAUGGAGGAAGGUUUCGACCAAGAGGAAGGGAAGGUGGAGGUGACGUGCAUGUGAGCGGGAGGGCGGAGUCCAGAGGAACGCUGUUCCUUUCAGAUGUUCUGAUAAAGAAAUGCAAAUUUCUGAGUGUCUUCUGCUGGGCUGCAGAAAACUGGACUUCAGGUCAACAACCAUCCUUUAAUCAUGCCUCCUGAUGCACCACGUCCUGUUGUUAAGCUAGCUGCUCAUCCCCCUCCCAGAACCGCUCUGGUUUCCCAGAUCUCCUCCUUCUUUCUCCAUGUACUUCAGAAAUGUUGCUGACUGUCAGGAAACCUUCUCUGUUGAAUUGAGAUUAAAGCAGCAGACUCGGUUCCUGAACACACCUUUCAGUAUGUACACACACUUUGUAAACGCUCUCCUCCUUCAGAAUAAAAGCUGCAGCUCUCA